AUGCUGGACGCAUUGCUGAUCGCAAGAGGAGCAAAAAAGCUCGCCCCAGAAGUCGGGAAAGCGAUUUCUAAGAAAAUUGCCCCUUCAAAAUGCCCGUUAGAAAUUCAGCCAGAGAAAAUUCAAGCUAUCGCUGGACCGUUUCUGAAAUCUUACUCUGCUCAAGGAAGCUACACUGAUUUGUACUUCGACAUCCGAAAAAAGGAUCUUCUCAAAGCCCAAAAGUCCAAAUCCGAACGAAUCCGAAACAAAGUCGAAGCUCGAAAAUCCGCUCUUCAAUCUGAGGCCCGCCAGAGACACGUUCCUUCAGGUCGUCUUGAAAGAUCUGUCGCUUUCGGAGCAGGAGCAAUAGGCCUCGCCGCAAACGUUCUCAAAAAUCGAAUCACCUCUCAGGAGCCAGCUAGCGAUCCGAUUCUACGAACACUUGGGCUGACGGAAAAUGAUGUUUCUGAGCUUGUCGGCUUGCUUUGCAAAAUGCGCGGAGCAGCGUUGAAGCUUGGACAGUUUUUGUCGAUUCAAGAUGAUAAUUUUAUUUCGCCAGAAUUACAGAAAAUCGCCUCUCUCGAACUACCCGGCUGGGAAACCCGCUUUGCCGAAUUCGAUCUUCAACCCUUUGCUGCCGCUUCUAUUGGCCAAGUUCAUCGAGCCAAGACUUUGGACGGAAAAGAUGUUGCCGUCAAGGUCCAAUACCCCGGAGUAGCUCAAUCGUUUAAUUCUGACAUUGAUAACUUGGUGAUGGUGCUGAGGCCAUUCAUGGCGCGUUUGCCCGAGCAGUUGUUUUUACCGAAGAUCAUAGAUUUUGCGAGAAGAGAGCUGACGAGAGAAUGCGAUUACGAAAGAGAACUUCAAGCGAAUCUUAGAAUGAAAGAAUACUUCAAGGAUGAUGAAGAAUUCUUCGUCCCAUCCGUCUACCCCGAAUUAUCAAGCGCCGCAGUCCUGACAUCUGAUUUCGUCGAAGGGGAAGUGAUAGAUCGACUAGACAUCGAUGCCCUCCCACAAGAAGAACGCGACUUUGUCGGCAAAUCGCUCCUGAAACUUUGUAUGAAUGAAGUUUUUGUUCAUCGAUUCAUGCAGACGGAUCCGAACUUUGCUAACUUCUUGUACCAGCCAGGGUCCUUCAAGCUAAAUCUUAUCGACAUGGGAGCGUGUGUUGACUAUCCAGCUAAAUUUACAACGCCGUAUAUGCAACUUGUUUAUGGAGCACCAAAAAUGAAAGACGCUCAUGUUGAUUCCGUCAUGAUUGUUGGCGAACCUUACCAGCCCGAUCCUUACGAUUUCCAUCAAAACGACAUGACCGCAAAGAUCGCUGAAAAAGUGCCGACAAUGUUCGCCGAGCGCCUCACCCCGCCGCCAGAAGAAACUUACACUCUUCACCGAAAACUCUCCGGCGCUUUCUUAAUGUGUGGGAAAAUUAAAGCCAAAGUAUCCUGUAGAAAUGACUUUAUCGAAACUCUUAGUAGGGCGGGUUAUCCCGACCUUGCAGCUAGCCUAAAAGAAUAA